AUGAGGUACCUUGUUGCCGGCGUAUCUGUGCAGUCGAGAACCAGAUCACUCGCACUUGAGCAUCCCCACCGUUUCUGUGGAGUGGAGGAUCUGACGGUGGAGGUUGGAAACGUCAACGGUGUCCGGGUCCACAAUGCCUAUGGUGCCUAUACCUGCUCCAACAAGAUACUGCAGGGCGGGACAUCCGAGUCCACCAGCACCAACUACAAGCACACGGCUGGACUUGAGACGCAACUGGCUGUCGAGCCCAAACUCAGACACAAUGAGCUGGCGGCCGUAUCGCGUGUAGGUGAGUUGCCAGGCGCACGUGGCGACAAGCACAACCACCUGGAGAAUGGUCCACUUGACGGUACGGUAAUUGACGGACUCGGACACGUCUCUGAAAGCGGCCUCUCUUUCUCUAAAAAGACUCUGUUCUCUGCGGAUCUCUUGCAGCUUCUUGACGAGCUCGUUAGAUUUCUGGGUGAGGAAGUUGAUGUCGCCUGUUCUCUUGGAGUCGACGAGUGGCUUGGCAUCACCGAUGACCAGGUCGAAGAAGACUCUGUGUCUUGCUCUCUUGGACCAGUCGGUGUGUCUAGGGGUCAAACAGAAUUUGUGCUCACCGGAGUCGUAGGAGGUGAAGGUGAACUGGCCAGUUGGGGCGUUCUUUUGCGAAACAACACGGUGGUUGUUAUCGAACGUCUCGUCCACAGUGAUUUCUAUUUUCAGGUUGUCGGCCGGCACAUAGUCCUCUUGCUUAGAGUUCCAUUCGUACGCCUCGUAUUUGCCCACGGCAAUGGUAUCUUUUGGCAAUUCUUCGUAGAAACAUUUUGUUUCGUCCGUGUCAAUGUAGAAAUGCAGCGCUUGGGCCACGUUGGCGGCAAUUAG